GCUCGCGAAGCUCAGAAUCGCGGCGAGACUCGAGCCGUCAGGGUGUCGUGAUCGUGCGUACAAAAGCAUCGCGUACCAAUACUGACGGGCAAGUUCUUAAAUAACAUUCGGUAUUUCGGAAAACGAUGUGCAGUGCGGCAUCGAAGGCUGCGCCCGUCCGAAUUCCGAAAUCAAAUUACAAUACGUAUCGGUGAUUUAUAUUACGAGAAGAAACCGCGGGCAACGAGCCGAGGAAAUACACGUUAAAUACGGCGAUCGAAGAUCGAAGUGCACAAUACGAUCGAUGUUGAAAAGUUUUUUAAUUUCCCACAUAUUUUUACUUGCUGGUUGGGAAAAUUGUGCAAGUGGAUUAACGACGUGAAAGUAUUUAUAUACGACUAGUAAAAAAGUUGCGUAUUGUUCGAAGUGUGUUUUUAACUGAUACUUUUACGAGCCGUAGAUUUUUCCGUAAUAUGUUUCUAUACGUGUCAAAAGUGCUAAGCUGCGAUUCCGAUUAUUAAUACACGCCGAUAUUCGAAGAUAGUUGAAGUGGUCCCGAAAGUUUUCAAACUUUUCAAUAUACAUAUCGAUUAAUAUCGCGUCUUCGAAUUCAAAUAAUUUCUGCAAAGCGGCGCGCGAACUUAAUAACAACAACAACAACAACAACAACAACAACAACAACAACAACAACAAAGUAUUAAAAGUAAAACGCAGAGGCGAUCCGAUCGGGAACCGUCAUAGCUUGAAAAUAAACCCAGAGAAAGACGACGACGCGUCGCGUCGGUUUGUCAAGUCAACUGUCAUAACAAAGCUGCGCGUUUACGCAUAGGUAUGUGUACGUUGUACGAAGACCGACAUUAAACCCCUGAUCCCGCGAUGAUCAUAGUGUCACCGACCAUUUGAACGAACAACAAUUCUCCGGCUAUAACAAUACAACGAUCGAGUUAAGAUGAACAAGCCGAAGUAGCAAUUUGGGCGUCCUAAGUUCCCGCAGCAUCCGGAGGAGGCAGUGGAAUUAAAGCCGAGCUUUCGAAAGAGCGAAUAACCGACUUUGAUCCUGAUCGUGGAAUUCAGCGAGGCUGCGGAGAUCGAGAUUUAACCCGGAAACGAGGUGAUAAUGUCGCUUCACGGUGGGACCAACGUCACCCAUCUCGCAAUGGAGACCGUGGAUCGUCGCUCUUCGGCCCAGGACGUCUACGACGAGAACCUGACCUUGGUCCAGGUCGUGUCGGAAGUCGUCCAGGAACUCGAGACCCAGAGGGAAAUGAGCGAGACCGAAUACGAGCAGUUCCUGGCCGAUGUAUGGAUCGGCGUUGUCCUCACCCUGAUGGUCCUCAGCUGCGUCUGCUGCAUGUGUUCCUGCCUACUCUACCACAAGUUUCAGCAGUGGAAACGACACGUGCUAGAGCAAAGAGCAGCGGCAUCGAGAGACCCGGACUGCCGAGGGGGAGACACGGAGAGUCUUCCUUCGUACACUCUAGUAUCAGGUCUUCCGAGCUACGAGGAGGCUCUGCAGCAGCUCAAACAGGUUCAGGCCUUGCGGCGAGGAGUCGACCACGUGGUCGUCGAUUGCGAAAAGCAGGUGGAAGCUCAGAUACCGUCGCCAAUUGGGUCGGCGUCUUUGAAUUAUGCGAACUGCGCCCAGCCUAAUCAGAUGUCGAGGCUGUCAGUGGCGGAGUUGCUUCAGUUUUAUAAAAUCCAACAGCAACAGCAGCAACAGCAACAGCCACAGCCACAGCCACAGCCACAGCUACAGCAACAGCUGCCUCCGUAUCAGCAGCAGAUUGAAGAUGACAUUCAGCAACAGGGAAUAGUCAAGAACUGACAAAUGGCGGUAUUAAAAACGGCGUAAAUAUUUGAUGCAACAACAGAACCAGCUUUUCAUAUUUGAUCGGAAUGAAGUGUUCAAUUGUGGCAACAUUGAUGUAAUAUGUGGGAGAGCUGGAUAUGAGACGGUCGAUUUGGUACAAAUAUUAAGGACUCGAUUGUGAUAAACGUUGAAGCGACAAAAAUUUACGUAAAUAAUAAUGGAAUUGGAAAUAACAGUCGUUAUUAACGCGCAAAUGUAAGAUAGUCAACUAACGCGGCAGGAAUGUCAAUUAUGCAUCAGUUCAACUAUUUUAUUAUCAUCGUUCUAGAAAAAAAAUUGUCCAAGAAUAUCUGCACAUACGUUAGACUGUAUUUUGUCAUUAAAACAAUCAAUUGAUGUAUACGUACCACAUACUGCGCAUACAUAUAUAUACUACCUAUAUACAUCUCGACGCGCAUCGAUUUUGGACUUUUUCAUCACUGAAACACGAGUCACUUUACCUAAUUAAUCGUAAAUUCUGCGAAUUCCGGUUGUUUCUUGCGAAUCAAGUGUACCUAUAACCAUAUCGGAUAUGAUAAAGCAACAAUUAUUCUUACACCGUGAGCAACACGCAACGCACAUUUCGUCUCCAGCGUAUGACCGAGGAUAAUAUUGAAUUCUCAUUUCACACUACCUCAAUUACUGCUGUAUGUAUAUAGUUUAGGAAAAGGCGCCGCAGGCACAUUCAUGUAACAUUGGGAUGUUUCGUUCUCUAUUUCUUCAUUGAUCAAUUUUUUUACGAGCAACUCAUGCUUCCUUAUAUUUAAACGUCCACCAUCGUAAUAUGUACACAGGAAAUUCGGAGGUUUCAUCGAAUACAAGAAAAAAGAGACGUGACUGUGCGAUCAGUGAUGUAGUUUUCAACAAAUUUUGCGAGAACGUACCGAGUUCUUUUUUUGCGAGAAUACGUGACUAUAACAACAACGGUAAUACUAGUGAUAUAAUGUUAACGACACAUAUCAUAGAAGACGUAUGAAUAAUCGCGUAGACACCGACGGCCGAGGGAAUUAAAUUUUCCUUUGUGAUGACGAACAGGUAAUCCUCGAAGUAGAAAAAACAACUUUUCGAAUGUCUCAUGCAAUUUAUUUAUCGAAUUAUCUGGAGCAAUAUAUAUAUAUAUAUAUAUAAUUAUUUACUGUGACGAAGGAUAGAAAAAAAAUUGCAUUGGAGAACAUACAUGCAUAGGCUGUAAUAUUAUAUAAUAGGUAUAGGUAAACGUACAUACAUAUUAGACGAUAAUAAUUAACACAGAUAAUUUUGUUGUUAUUCGUGUAACAGUGUCAAGUGUCGUCUUAUGGACGUAAAAUUGUGAUAUUACCAUGUAUUUAUUACAUAAGUAUAAUACACGUUAGAUGCGGUACAUAGGUACGUACUUGCAGCAUAUUUAGUAAUGGCCCAUCAAAAUAAGCACAACAAUUUGUUAUGAUUAUUAUACAAGAUAUAAUUUAUUCUACGACAGUAUAUUGUGUGUUGUAAUACAUGAUAUAUCUACCUAUACCUAAUUUUUUUUUACAGCAACAAUAAUAAUGAUAAUAAUAAAAUUAAUAUGAAAAAUGA